GGUAUGUUGCUCGGAUACCGCAAUGACGCCGGGUUGUUCCUUGUCACUUUAUUGAGAAUCAAAAACAGUCUGCAUUUAAUUGUCCGUACGCAAUUGCUAACACAGGCCACGAACGUUCGUUGGUUACGGUCAAUGUAGCAAUGUUAAUACAUUUUCGAAAUAGCUUUAUAUUAAAAUAUACAAUAUCAUUGGCUGGAGAAGUGUUACACGAAUCAAACGAUCCCUAGUUUGUAAUAAUCAGAUAAGGAUGAAGGAUUUCAUGCCGCUUUUUAUGUCGUAAAUUUGCUAAAACUUUCUGCCCAGUUAUCAAUGCAAAUCAUUUGGAAAGUUCUGAACCGAUACCUUGACUCUUUGGUAGUGAAAUGCAUCGGCUGUUAGUCUUAUUAAUUGAAAAGAUGAUGUUUACAAAGGCCAUUUUCCGAUUUUUUUUUUUUUUUACUUGCGGCCUCCGCUCGAGCCGCGCAAAAGAAAACAACAACAACGAUAUUGAAUAAAGGACAUGUAGGUUUCUGUCAUGGAUGAAUCCUAUGAACUUGAUUUUACGACGCCAAAAUCGAGGAACAUUUUCAUCUUUGUCAGAACCACAGGAAAUCUCAACAGAAUUGAAAAGUGAAAAAAAGGAGGUGGUAAUGGGAUUUCCUAACAGAAUCUGAAAAGAACAAGCAUUACCUUGCGCGUACCAAUGAGAAAACACGAUUUUGGUGGACCUCUGCUAAAUUCACAUACCUCAUUUCUGGCACAGCAAAAUGGAAAGUCAAUGGCGGCCGGUUUUCUGGAUUUAGUAACAUUGCUACUAGUCAGUGCAUCUAUGAAAAGCGUUUGAACAUUUAUUCAACAUCCUUGAGAUCCUUCUUAAGGUGUGUCGACUUGAUGGGGCACUGAGGCGAGGCGCAGUGGGAAGUCGAUGUGUGCGGCUUGAGUAUGGAUGGGCAGACUCAGAGGAUACAGCUUGUGUCAGCAGAUAGCACCAUGUCAAUGGGACACCGAAUUCAGGUUGUGACUGAUCCGCAGACUGGCCAGAAGAUCCAGAUUGUCACCGCUCUUGAGCCGGCAUCUCCCGGCAAGCAGCAGUUCAUCCUUGCCAACGCCGAAUAUUCCUCCGGCGGGAAGGUGAUCCUGGCCAAGCAGGACGGCUCCCCCAGCAAGGUCAUCCUCACCGCUCCAGACGGCUCGGGGGUUAACCGGCUGCUCUUUGCCUCUCCCGAUCUGUCUGGACCGCAGAUUCAGUUUGUAACCGAGGGCUCAGAUCAGUCUUUUGCCAAGCCCAUUGUUGAGUACUGCGUUGUCUGCGGAGACAAGGCCUCAGGGCGCCAUUAUGGAGCCGUCAGCUGCGAGGGCUGCAAGGGCUUCUUCAAACGCAGCAUCAGGAAGAACCUGGUGUACACGUGCAGGGGCUCCGGCGAGUGCGCCAUCAACAAGAUCCACCGAAACCGCUGCCAGUACUGUCGACUGCAGCGCUGCAUCGCCGUGGGCAUGAAACAAGAUUCUGUGCAGUGCGAAAGGAAACCGAUGGACGUGCCCACAAGGGAGAAGUCUGUCAACUGCGCAGCCUCUACAGAGAAGAUCUACAUUCGGAAGAACCUGUGCAGUCCCCUCGCCGCCACACCCACCUUUGUGUCCGACAAGGAGACUUCCAGGUCAACACAUUUGCUGGAGUCAAGCAUGUUGCUCAACAUCCAGCAACCCUUCUCUAAACUAGAAAACACCAUCUUGAUCCCAGCAUCCCCGGAAAAGCACGACGACCAUUCUCAAGGUGACCUCGGCACACUGGCCAAUGUGGUGACCUCCCUUGCCCACCUUAACAAGGCGAUAGAGGUCAGCGACGGUGCCGGCGAGCUGGUGGGGGUGGAAACGCUCAGCAACGGCGACAGUUCUGUGACGGACAUGCAGGAAGACGAGCAAAGCGAUAUCACUAGAGCCUUCGACACGCUGGCCAAAGUUCUGCACUCAGGCGACGGCUCGUCGGCGACCGACCUGGAGGCCACCAUGCAGCUGAUGUCGGGGGACCAGUCCGGUCCGGUGUUGGAGCUGGAGGGUUCGCUGCUCUCCGAUAGCCAUAUUCCUUUCAAACUCAUGAUGCCUGUGCCUGUGCCGGAGUACCUCAACGUCAACUACAUCUGCGAGUCAGCCUCACGCCUCCUCUUUCUCUCUAUGCACUGGGCGCGCUCCAUACCUGCCUUUCAAGUCUUAGGCGGUCAAGAGGACAACGACAUCAACCUGAUGAAAGCCUGCUGGAACGAGCUAUUCGCGUUGGGUCUGGCUCAGUGUUCCAACGUUAUGAACGUCGGGACCAUCUUAAGUGCCAUCAUCAGCCAUCUGCAGACCAGCUUGCAGGAAGAGAAGCUCUCCCAAGACCGGGUGAAGCUUGUGAUGGAGCACAUCUGGAGGUUGCAGGAGUUCUGUAACAGCAUGACCAAGCUGUCUCCGGACGCUUACGAAUAUGCCUUCCUCAAAGCCAUUGUUCUCUUCAGUCCCGAUCACCCGGGGAUAGACAAUACUCUGCAGAUAGAGAGGUUCCAGGAGAAGGCCUACAUGGAGCUGCAGGACUACGUAACUCGGACAUAUCCAGAAGAUUCUUACCGGCUGUCCAAGCUGCUCCUGCGGCUUCCGGCGCUGCGUCUGAUCAGCGCCGCCGUCACCGAGGAGCUGUUCUUCGCCGGCCUCAUCGGCAACGUGCAGAUCGACAGCAUCAUCCCGUACAUCCUCAAAAUGGACUCCACCGACUACAACAGCCAGUCGCUCCCCGGGGUUUGACACCCCUCGCGCCCCACUCCUCCUCUUUAGCGUUUAGAAAGACUGGACUGUUCCAGCCAGUCUCCGGCCACCACGUGGUCACCGCGUCUAUUUAUGUGGACCCUCCUCAAGUCGCUCAGCAUUGCGUGACCCUUUCCAAGGUAAGAGUCCGGUGGGUAUAAAAGUGGCAAGUGAGCCGGGCAAUGUGUGCACAAUCAGGACUGAACCAUUGCUAUUGUAGAGUGUGCAUUUUACUGUACAUAAACUAGUAUUUUAUGCUUCGUCUUUGCCUCAAGGCUUUUCUGGGAAACUGUCAAAAAAAGAAAAAAAUCACGGUUAUGUUAGACAUUUUCUAUAAGCUACUUGCAAAAAGUUUGUGAUGCUGGGCUUUGGGGUGGAAGUUCAGGAUGAACCUAAAAUGCACAACUCCCAACUGUUCAAUGUUUCAGCACUUUUUGAAAAUUCACAACAGGUGUUUGAUCCGUGAUUGGACCAAUACAUUUCCACUUUGCCUUUCUGUGACUCUCAGUCUCUCUGCUGCAAACACUGACACUCUGUGACACUCUAUGACUGGAAGAGUCACAGAAAGGUAUAGGCUAUAAUGCAGUUUAGGUUCAUCCUGAAACUUCACCCCAAAGCCCAAUAGCCCCAACUUUUUGUGAGUAGUAUACAACCAUGCUGUCCUGUUUUGUUUUAAUUAAAAAAAUGUCCUCGUGAAUUUAUUUGUGAAUUUUGAAAGGUUAUAACCUUUUUCUUUUUUAAAUUUUGUAUUUGUUUGCCCAUCCAAAGGAUAGGACCGACAAUACUGUCACUGUGUGUAAAUAGAACUGUGAAGAGAAUGUACCAAGGAGAAUUUGGUGGAGAGCACUCUGUGAUGAUCACAUCCUGUCUUUUGGACAUAAAAAAAAAAAAAAAAGAAAAUAUUAAGGCCUCUUCAUUUGAAAAUAAAAACAAGUCUCAAUUGAA